AACUAAGCCUGUUCCCUCCAGCAGCGGAGAGCUUCAUUUUCUGAUCAGCUUUUGUGUUAAAAUGGAGGUUGGCCUCUCGCCCUGAGUCGAUUUCCUCCCUGGCCAAGGUUUAAAUGUUGAAAUGCAAUAAAUCUGGAGACAGGAUGGUUGUGGACGCACCCAAUUCUAACGGGCCUUUUCAACCGGUGGCUCUUAUGCACUUCAGAGAUGUGGCCCCCGCGGAACAAGAGAAGCUCUUCAUCCAGAAGCUGCGGCAGUGCUGCGUUCUCUUUGACUUCCUUUCCGACCCUCUGAGUGACCUGAAAUGGAAGGAAGUGAAGCGAGCGGCCCUGAGCGAAAUGGUUGAGUACAUCACCCACAACAGGAAUGUCAUCACAGAACCCAUCUACCCCGAGGUGGUGCACAUGUUUGCUGUGAACAUGUUCAGGACGUUGCCUCCUUCAUCCAACCCCACCGGAGCGGAGUUUGAUCCUGAAGAGGAUGAGCCGACGCUUGAAGCGGCCUGGCCUCACCUCCAGCUCGUCUACGAAUUUUUCCUUAGAUUUUUAGAAGCGCCCGAUUUCCAGCCAAACAUAGCGAAGAAGUACAUCGAUCAGAAAUUUGUUAUGCAGCUUCUAGAACUAUUCGACAGCGAGGAUCCCCGAGAGAGGGACUUCCUGAAAACGACUCUCCACCGGAUCUAUGGGAAGUUUCUGGGACUGAGGGCGUAUAUCAGAAAACAGAUCAAUAACAUUUUCUAUAGGUUUAUAUAUGAGACGGAGCACCAUAAUGGAAUAGCUGAACUACUAGAAAUACUUGGGAGUAUAAUCAACGGAUUUGCCUUACCACUAAAAGAGGAGCACAAGAUUUUCCUGUUAAAAGUUUUAUUGCCUCUGCACAAAGUCAAAUCACUCAGUGUCUACCACCCACAGCUGGCCUACUGCGUCGUGCAGUUUCUAGAAAAAGACAGUACUCUAACAGAACCGGUAGUGAUGGCUCUACUAAAGUACUGGCCAAAGACUCACAGUCCCAAGGAAGUGAUGUUUCUCAAUGAGCUGGAGGAGAUCUUGGACGUCAUCGAGCCCUCGGAGUUCGUGAAGGUGCAGGAGCCUCUCUUCAGACAGCUGGCAAAGUGUGUAUCCAGUCCACACUUCCAGGUGGCUGAACGAGCUUUGUACUACUGGAACAACGAGUACAUCAUGAGCCUCAUCAGCGACAACGCCGCAAAGAUUCUGCCUAUAAUGUUUCCCGCUCUGUACCGCAACUCAAAGACGCACUGGAACAAGACCAUCCACGGCCUCAUCUACAACGCUCUGAAGCUCUUCAUGGAGAUGAAUCAGAAACUCUUUGACGAUUGCACACAGCAGUUUAGGGCAGAAAAAAACAAAGAAAAAGCAAAAUCAAAGGAACGUGAGGAGGCUUGGAUCAAGAUCGAGAACCUCGCUAAAUCCAAUCCACAGUUCUUUGUAUAUGUUGAUUCCUCUGACCUCAAUAGUCCUGUAGCAAUGGAGACGGAUGUCCCUUUGAUAGAAGAUGUUCAGAGGUUAAAAAAGACAGUUGAGGAGGGCGCAACUCAGCUGCAGCACGAGCAGCGGAAAGAGCGGGCUAUGGUGCGGCGCAAGUCUGAGUUGCCUCAGGAUAUUUACACCACAAAAGCCUUGGAGUCCCACCGCAGAGCUGAAGAAAUGUUAAACACCCACGACGGGCUCUAGGCUCUAAAAAAAAAAACUGCCCUUUUUAAGCUCAACGGCAAUGGGACAUCUCCAAAAACCAGGCUGGGCUUUCCAUUCUUCUUCUUCCCACCUCCAGUUGUCCUAGAUUUCUUAGUUCUUGUUCAUUCCUGCUGCCCCCCCUCGAUGCAGAAAACAUGUCCGAAGCUCCUUUUUGAUUUUUCUGCGUUCUCAGGUUCUUUUAGUCGGCAAUGAGUGUGUUUUUUGUGUGUCUUUGCAACAUGCUGUUAUUAUUUAUUCAAUUCCUCAAAUCUCCUGCUUUUCUUCUGUCUGUGUAGAGAGUACAGACAGCACAACACAGGUUCUGUAGUCAUACCAGCAUGUUCUCCAACAAACUGAACGCAGGAGCCUAAACAUAGGAACCGUUGGAUUCACCGUCUAUGGAUCGUUACGUGGUGUUGUCUGGGUUUCUAUCAAAGGGAACAUAAAACACCCAGCUUUUGAAAGUGCUCGUGUUGCUUUAUUCUGUCAAUGCCAAGACCUGUUUUUUUUGUUUGUUUUGGUUUUAUUUGUGGCUCUUAAAAUGCACAUCUGCCUUUUUUUUUCUUUUUGUUUUUCAUCAUCUGAAGACCAAAUUGAGGCCUGUCAUUAGCCUUGCAAUGUCCAGGGAAGAUGGUGAGAAAAGGUCAAAGUGUCUCAUGGAAGUUUUGACCCUUUCUGGGUUUUGUUGUGCCAUACGCCGCCCUUCUAUACGCUUGCUUCCUUUGUUUUACAGCAAUAUCUGAAAAGCAGAGCAGUGGCAGUUCAUACAAUGGUACUUCCUUUACUUAGUGGCCUAAAAAACUACCAUCAUUUAGUUUCAGGGAAAUGUGAAAAUGUUUGCAUUUAGACAAUGCUACAGAUUAGACUGGAGAUCUCUGACCCUUAACUGUGUUUAGUAAAGUUACAAUAUUUUGUUGCAUUUACUCAUUUGGUUACAUUCUCUAAAAUGUCGUUACUGAUUGCUUUAAAACUGAAAAUAAAUCAUGCAACAUUUCAAAAACGUUUCCACCAAGUACCAUUGUGUGAACUGAGGACAUUUCCUAGAUUUCUUGAAAUAUUACAUGUUGUAUUUCUUUGUGUUGUCUUUGGAGGUUAAAAGCAUGAAUGCCAUUUUUUAUUUAUUUAAUUUCCUUUUUUUUUUGCUUUUGUUUUCCUUCUUUUGCCAUUUAAAACAACCGGUUUGAAACCAGACUGGUGUCUAAUGGCUACAAAAAAUGCCAUAACGCUGAAAAUAAAGACAUCGUGACUUGGCUUGUUAACUGUAUUAAUACUGUAUUUGCUUGAAUGCAGAAAAAAAAGAAAAAAGAGGAAAAAAAGGAUGUAAAUUUAAAAAAUCCCAUGUUAAACAUGUACCUUUUAUCCUGGAGGAAUGCCAUUCACCAAGCCGAUUUUUCUCGUCAAGAUCAUCGCAUUUAUAAAAACAGUCCUGCUUGCUAGGAGAGAGAAUAUAUUUUAAUUUUACAAGUCUGAGAUGUUAGAAGUUUCCUUUUAGAGCUGAGAAGUCAUUUAUGAUAAUAAGAGAUGAUUACAAAAAAUAAUUGGUGGCUUGUUCUUUGCAGGUCUUUUAAUUUUAACAAAUUAUUUCCACAACAUGUUAACUUAAAGUGUCCUUUUUGUAUGUGACCUGUAUUAUAUGGUUCAUUUAAUAUUGUAUAUAUGAUUUAACUUGUUUCAUGUAGUGAUUAUAUAUCUAGUUUAAUUUUGUAAAAAGUGUUCCUCUGUACAGAAUAAACUUCAAUAGCAAGUGAA